CCACCAUGGUAAGAAAAAAGUUUGUACAGCGAGCUGGAGGUUGUCCACGUUUACAGCAUUCAGACACCGCUGCCCAGCUCCACAUCUGCAGCCCGGCCCCUCUGCGCUGUGAAGAGCGCACUCCAACGCAGGGCUUAAACUGAUUUAUGUUUUAUGUUUUUAAUUUUUAUUUUUUGGUGUUUUUAUUUGAAAUCCAUUUUAAGUUAUUCUGCAAACAAUGUUUUCUUUUUGCAUUGCCUUUUUUCUUCUCAUCUCCGGCUCUUUCGUGGAGUGUAACCCCAGUCCUGUGCUUGGAGAUGUAGUCGUGGACAGAUACUUCAUCCCCAAAGACUGCGCCAGAGAAGUGAAAAGCGGAGAUUACGUCCGCUAUCACUAUAACGCAACAUUUAUCGAUGGAAAAACUUUUGAUUCGAGCCAUCAGAAAGGAGCAGCUAAAGUCGGUCUGAUCGGGGAGGGUCGGCUCAUUGCGGGGAUGGACAAAGGUCUGCAGGGCAUGUGUGUGAAUGAGCGCAGGAAAAUCACCGUCCCGCCACAGCUGGCCUAUGGAAACACCGGUGCAGGUGACGUUGUUCCUCCAGACGCCACCCUCGUGUUUGACAUCCACCUGCUGGAUCUGUGGAACACGGCCGACCUGGUUGUAACCACAACCAUCACCACUCCGAAAGACUGCAAGCGCUCCGUGAUGCGUACUGACUUUGUGCGUUACCAUUUCAACGGCACUCUGCUCGACGGCACCGUCUUUGACUCCAGCUACACCAGGAAACAGACACACAACUCCCUAGUAGGUGAGGGUUGGAUGAUCAAGGGCAUGGAUGAGGGCCUGUUGGGCAUGUGUGUGGGAGAGAUCAGAAAAAUCGUCAUCCCGCCGUUCAAAGCCUACGGAGAAAAGGGAUCGGGUAACGAGAUUCCCCCUCAGGCGACUCUGGUGUUCGACGUCCUGCUGGUGGACAUCCACAACCCGAAGGAUAACAUCACUGUUGAGAACCAGGUGGUGCCGGAGUCAUGCACUCGCAGGUCCGUGGUCGGAGAUUACAUUCGGUACCACUAUAACGGCACCUUCCUGAAUGGAGUCACCUUUGAUACCAGUUACCAGAGGAACAGCACUUACAACACCUACAUUGGGAUGGGGUACGUAAUAAUGGGGAUGGAUCAGGGCCUGCUGGGACUCUGUAUUGGGGAGAAGAGGAAGAUCACUAUUCCUCCACACCUGGCAUAUGGAGAGAACGGAGCAGGUGAUGUGAUCCCUCCUUCUGCUGUGCUCGUCUUUGACAUCCACGUCAUCGACUUCCACAACCCCAACGACACGGUGGCUGUCCAGGUCAUCCACAGACCCGAAGUGUGUAACGAGACCACAGAAGUGAACGACCUCGUCCGCUACCACUACAACUGCUCCCUCAUGGACGGCACGCUGCUCUUUUCCUCACACAACUACGGCAGCCUUCAGGACGUCGUCCUGGGCUCAGACAAAGUGAUCGACGGGCUGGAUCAGGGCCUGCAGGGCAUGUGUGUGGGAGAGAGGAGGGUGAUAACGGUGCCACCUCACCUUGGCCAUGGGGAAAGGGGAGCUGCUGGUGUGCCGAGCAGCGCCGUGUUGGUCUUUGACAUAGAGCUGCUGAGCUUUGAGAAGGGCGUGCCGCCUGGUUACCUGUUUGUGUGGCUGGAGGACACUCCUACAGACCUGUUUGAAGCCUUGGACAUAAACAAGAAUGCAGAGGUGCCACAGGAGGAGGUACGUAGACAACUGUCAUUUCACAUAGUAGGAUUUAAAAAAAGGCAGUGAGGAAAAGCAACAUCA